CCUGUUUCCACUGCUUUCCUUGCUCACCAUCCAGCUCGCCUGCUCUAUCUGCCUUCUUACUGCUUUUCCAAGUCUUUGAAUCUCUAGUCUCUGGUAGGUUUCUGUUUUUGAAUUUUUGUUUCUGGUGGACUUUUCGGCCGGAUCGGGCGUGUGAAGCUGUGUCCUGCGCCUCCAUCGCGUCACUAUUGUUCUAUGCGCUCUUCUCUUUGAUCCCGGGCCCACACCAUCUAGUAUUUCCGUCAAAUUUGUUUGACUACAAUACGCAGUGGUGGUUUUCUUUGCUAUAGAAAUGCAUGAUGUGACUGACUGGUAGUUAUUACACGAUUUAGGAAUCCCCAGACUUGUCUAUCAAUCAGCGCUACUACAACCAUCCAGUCCCCUAUUUCUCCAAAGCCGAUCCCGUCAUUUCCCAGUAUGUCUUCUGAUCAAGCAACUGAAGCUCCAUCUGUUGGGGACGUCUCUGCAACCCUAGAGGCUACCUCGGUCUCUGAUCCUUCUGCGGAGGCUCAACCUGUUGAGGCCGCUGGCGUCGAUGAGUCUGAAUCCAGCCCCACGAACGAGGUUCCCCCUGAGAUUACCGAGAAGCGCCGCCUCUACAUCGGCAACCUUCCUUCUGGUAUCUCGGAAGAUGAUGUGAAAGGAAUAUUCGGCGAUUACAGCAUUUCUGCUGUUACUGUUCGCCCUAGCAAAUACGUGGCUCUUAAUUCCAGCUACGCCUUCAUCGAUCUCGUAUCUGCUGAUGAUGCGGAAGCCGCAGUCGCAGCCAAGAACGACUCAGAUUACAAUGAGCGGAAGCUGUACGUACAGCUUGCCCGACCGCCGCGACCCAGACGGCAGUUCCGCAGAGGUGAUAUCCGUAGUCGGGCACCUAGAUCGACCAGAAGAAAUGGAAGAGGCAACAGGGGCGCGGCUCAAGAGGCCGGUGGCUCUCCAGUGGAUGGGGAAGCACCUGCCGAAGGAGCAGUCGAAGCAUCUGGCUCGACUGAAUCUCAGAAUGAUGAGAAUGCGUCGCCAGCAAAGAAGACAAGGGCCAAGCCAAAGAGGGCAGCGAAGCCCAGGAGAGCACCCAGAGAAGGCCCACCAUCUACUGACACUGUGUAUGUCGCGAACUUGAGCUACACCUGCACCAAAGAACAUUUAGAGGAGUUCUUCCAGCCGUAUCAACCCGAGCAAGUGCGCGUUGCACUUAGAUACUUGCCGCCGUUCUUGAUAAGAAAGUUGACUGCGAAAGGCACCAUGGUUCCUCCGCGAUCUCUGGGGCACGCAUUUGUCAAGCUCCCUUCGGAGGAGCUGCAAAAGAAAGCCAUUGCUGAGCUUGACGGCAAGGAGCUGCAGGGACGAUCGAUUUCAGUGAGAGUUGCAAUCGAACCGGAGAAAAAGACAGAUGCCAGCGGCGAAGAGAAGGCUGACGAGGCGGAACCCAGUGCCUCUGCCUCUGCGGAAACGGCAGAGUCUGCUCCGGCACCUGCACCAGAGAUCGAGGCCUCGGCUUAGAUCUAUUAGGCGGUCCUCGUGCGGAGGUGUUCUAUUCUAUGUACGAAAUCAACUUCUUGCCGGACGUUCGAGCUUUUUUAUUGCUUUUUUGCUGUUUUAUUUCAAUCUCCAUUCAAUAACUGUGCUAUUACUAUGAUUUAUUCUAUUGUUUGGUGCUUUUUAUAAAAACAAAGUGCACAUAUACGAGCGCGCCGCUUGACUGAGAUGGACAAGUCGGUCUAGCUAGUGUGUAUUUCUAAGCUUUCACUUUAUCCAUUCGUUUUAUCUUUUCGUCUGAUUGCAACAUUGUUUUAUCUAGUAUGGUGUGUGCUUGCUUGUUCGACGUUUCCGCAGGGGCGGGACGCAAAAAAAAGUGUAAUGUUUUGCUCUGUAAACUGCAGGGCAAUCAGUUGUUCGGAAUCGGAAGGAAGGGAAGAAUGCGUGAUUCGUACAAUUUAUAAUAUAUGAUUACUUUAAUUCUAAAAACUGAUGUAGAUG